GAACUUAACGCCCAAAAUGGCGGCACGGUUGAAAAGUUUGGACUGUCUUGUCCGAGUUUGUCUCCUCCACAGACCGCUCCCCUGCUUCCUUUGAGCGUAAAGAAACGUCUCUUUCUGUUCAGGGUUGAAUUUCGUCCUCCGGCGGCAGCUGGGGAUAAUAACUAUGACGGCGUUUGUGCUCCAGCCCGGAGUUCUCCUGCGGCUAGCGGCGCUAGGCUAAAGUAGCCCUGUCAGGGCACAGAAGAACCUCCGUAUUCACGUCUCUAGUCCCGCCUGGAUCCCCCAGCUGAGGUGGAUAUGAAGGCGAGGAUCUUGACUUAGCGAUGGAGGAUGAUGUGAAGAAAGUAAAAAAGCCUGGCAUCGUGUCCCCAUUCAAGCGAGUCUUCCUGAAAGGAGAGAAGGGGAGGGACAAGAAGGCCCUGGAGAAGUCCACAGAGCGCAGGGCCCUCCAUACUGUCUCACUCUCUCAGCCUGACCACCGCAUCGACCCAGACAUCCUGCUUAACGACUACAUUGAGAAGGAAGUCAAAUACUUGGGGCAGCUGACUUCAGUUCCAGGUUACUUGAACCCGUCAAGUAGGACCGAGGUUCUGCAGCUAAUUGACAAUGCAAGAAAGUCCCAUCAGUUGGCAGGCCAACUGACGACAGAGCAGGAUGCAGUAGUGAGCCUAUCGGCAUACAACAUCAAGCUCGUAUGGCGAGAUGGAGAGGACAUCAUCCUGAGAGUUCCCAUUCAUGAUAUCGCUGCUGUCUCCUACAUCAGGGAUGACUCGCUACACCUUGUGGUGCUAAAAACAGCCCAGGAGUGUGGAGGCUCUCCCUGUCCCAGCUCGUGUCCCGAUCUCAAUAAGUCCCAGACUCUGAGUCCCCCAUCAGACACUGGAGCAGUGCUCGUGGAAGUCUGUUGUCUGCUUGUGUUGGCAGUUGAUAAUAAGGCUGCAGCAGAGGAGUUGUGUCUUUUGCUCAGCCAGGUUUUUCAAAUUGUUUACACAGAGUCAACUAUUGACUUCUUAGACAGAGCCAUUUUUGACGGAGCAACUACGCCUACCAGACACCUGUCCCUGUACAGCGAUGACUCUUCAAGUAAAGUGGAUGUUAAAGAGGCUUUUGAGGCAGAAGGCAGCCCUUUUCCUUUUCAGGCCACUAUGGAUACAGAAGGAAGUUCUCCAUCUGCAUCCACCCCAGCAUCCCCUCAAACGAAGACUGCUAGUGAAGGCGAACUCAGUACCACAGCUGCAGAGCUGUUGCAGGACUAUAUGACCACAUUACGGACAAAGCUGUCAUCACAAGAGAUCCAGCAGUUUGCCACGCUGCUCCAUGAAUACCGUAAUGGUGCCUCCAUUCAUGAGUUCUGCAUAAAUCUGCGACAACUCUAUGGGGACAGCAGGAAAUUCCUCCUACUCGGAUUACGGCCCUUCAUUCCCGAGAAGGACAGCCAGCACUUUGAGAACUUCCUCGAGACCAUUGGAGUGAAGGACGGCCGAGGUAUCAUAACGGACAGUUUUGGCCGCUGCAGGCGUACGGCCAGCUCCGCUUCGGAUUCUACCACCAACGGCAACGGAGCGGCGGGAGGAAGCAGCGACAGCGCAGCUUCGGACGAGGGCCAGGACACCUCGGAGGGCGACGAAUGGGACCGUAUGAUCACGGAUAUCAGCAACGACAUCGAAGCUCUGGGCUGUAGCAUGGACCAGGAGGCAGUGACACCCUGACGUGGAUAAAAGGGAGGUAGCUUUGUGAGAACGGGCGGGACGUGCACUGACAAGCAGCAGGCAUGAGCUAAGCGGAUCUGAUGAAGGCGGUCCUUAGCACUGACCUAAACUUUGCUUAAUUGUAUAUUCCUCUAAUUGUCAAGAGGACGUUCAUAGUCCCCAAACACUCAAGGAAAACCUCAACUCGUUACUAUUGAGUCAACAAAUGCACUUAUGCAGACUGUGGUCGAUAAGCAGUUAGUUGGCUUCUUUUUGCAUUUCAGAUUUACAGUGUCGGCUUUAUUUUUAAAAAUUUUACUUUGGUUUUAUACUCAUUUAUUGGCAGCAUCUGCCACUGCUAUAAGUCAUGUAGCAAAAAUCUCAAGUAAGCAUAACAAAGACUCCAGAAAAUCCAUCAGUGCUCCUGUUUUUAGCAGGUUAGCACUGAAGUUAGCGGUUUUUGUGUUACUACAAAUCGGUCAGCUUCAUACACCUGGAGGACUUCUUCAUUUAUUUCACUUUGUGUUGCUGUGAGAGUGUAACAUGCUAUGUAUAAUUUUAUUUUUCAGUAAGAUUUGUGUACUGCUUUGUUUUACACUAUCAUUUGUUUAUCAGUGUUGACUCAUUUAUGUUUUUUAUCUUCUUCAAACUGACCAAGGGAGUGCUGUAAAAACAAAGUCUGGGUGGGGACUGUAUUUGACAAAGCCACGUUAUGAUGGCUGACGUAAAUUCAUUUCAGAUUUUCCUUUUUAUCAUGCAGGUAAUUUUAUGUCGUGUGAUAUCGCAUUUGUCAAUGUGCCUUUACACUGCAGUACUACUGCCAUCUGUCUGACGCAGGCAGGUAACUAGGAACUGUAACUACAGUUGUUCAGCAAAUCUUGGUUAUUAAAUAACAGAUAAUUUACA